AUGUGCUUCGGCGAGAGGCUUGACGAGAAGGUGGUGCGCGCCAUCGCCGCCGCGCAGCACGAGCAGGUGCGAUACAUGUUCGGCAAGAUGUCCGUCUUCGCCUUCCUCCCGUCGGUCGCCGAGCACCUCUUCCGCGGACGCGUCCGGAAAAUGCUUUCCCUACGCCGGCGGCAGAAGGAGCUGUUCCUACCGCUGAUCGACGCGCGUAGGGAGUACAAGGACAAGAAACGCGGCGGCGAGCGCGAGCCGAGGCGGAGCAAAUCGGGAACCACGUUGGAGCACUCGUACGUGGACACGCUGUUCGACGUCAGGCUCCCUGAGGAGGGCAACCGUCGACUCACUGAUGACGAGAUGGUCAACCUCUGCUCGGAGUUCCUCACCGCCGGGGCUGACACCACCUCCACCGCACUGCACUGGAUCAUGGCCGAGCUGGUGAAAAACCAGGCCGUCCAGCAGAGGCUCUACGAGGAGAUCAAAGCCAAGACAAAAGACGGCCAUGAAGAGGUCUCUGAGGAAGACAUUCAGAACAUGCCUUACCUCAAGGCGGUGGUUCUUGAGGGCCUGCGGAAGCACCCGCCUGUGCACUUCGUGCUGCCGCACAUGGCAGCAGAGGACGUGGAGGUCGGCGGCUACCUCGUCCCCAAGGGUGCCACGGUGAACUUCAUGGUCGCCGAGAUGGGCAGGGACGAACGGGAGUGGGAGAAGCCCAUGGAGUUCAUUCCGGAGCGGUUCUUGGAAGGCGAACAAGGGGUGGACAUGACAGGCAGCACGGGGAUCAGAAUGAUGCCGUUCGGCGUCGGCCGGAGGAUCUGCGCCGGUCUGAACAUUGCCGUGCUUCACCUGCUCUACUUGGUGGCCAACAUGGUGAGAGAAUUCGAGUGGAAGGAAGCGGCAGGCCACGAGGUCGACUUGGCGGAGAAGCUCGAGUUCAUGGUUGUCAUGAAGAAGGAGCUGCGCCCACGCCUUGUGCCCCGAAAGCCCAACAUGCAAACUGAAGAACACUUGUAA